CGAACGUAUUGAAGUCGGAAUUUACGUCUGCGUUAUCAGAGUGCGCCUGUGUGUGUGCAUUGUUUAGGCUACGGUUACGGUACGGUCGGUACUCGCACCCCCGCAAACCGGUUCGCCUGGUGGUGGUUCUAACGUUUUACGCGCUUCGGCUGUGUGCGAGCGUGAAUUGUGAAUACCGCAAAUUCAAGUUAAAAUAAAAUGCAAAAGCAAUAAAUAAUUACAACCAGCCGAGUGUCAAAAGCAGAGCACAGCGCCAAAUAAAACGGCCAGCGUGCGUGUGCGUGUGUGUUGGUUUGGAGUGCGAGUGUGUUUGUUGUGCAGCAUUUAUUGUGCAGAGUCGUCACCCCAGUGGAUUAGUGGCACCCUGUUACAAUUUGCUCACACUACCACUCAGUGAGUGCUAGUGAGUGUUUUUGUGCACAUUCCACAUUAACUAACAUCAGAAGUCAGCGCAAUUCAUCAAUUCAUCAGUUCGCAGCUGAGUCACCGGGCGUCUACAGCUAAAUAACCGCGUGUGUUCACAUCCAAAAGGGUGUUUUGUGUUUUUCGCAUAAAAUCGAUACAACCCCAAGCCGGAAAACUCAUAACCCAGACGAGACUACAGAGACGGCCUACAUCAUGAUGAUGAUGAUGAUGAUGCCCAACGAAUGCCACAAAUGGCUAACGCUGUUCGCAGCUGUUGCUCUACUUGCCAACAUUGGCAGCACUUUGGCUGCCAAUCCACCGGAUGCCGACCAAAAGGGACCAGUCUUCCUCAAGGAACCGACCAAUCGCAUUGACUUCUCCAACUCAACUGGCGCCGAAAUUGAAUGCAAAGCGAGCGGAAAUCCAAUGCCAGAAAUCAUUUGGGUACGCAGCGAUGGCACCGCCGUGGGAGAUGUGCCCGGCCUGCGUCAGAUCUCAUCCGAUGGCAAGCUGGUCUUCCCGCCCUUCCGCGCCGAGGACUAUCGCCAGGAAGUUCACGCCCAGGUCUACGCCUGCCUCGCCCGCAAUCAGUUCGGCUCCAUCAUUUCCCGGGAUGUGCAUGUGCGCGCAGUUGUGCAGCAGUUCUACGAAUCGGAAGUUAACAAUGAGUAUGUCAUCCGAGGCAAUUCGGCGGUGCUCAAGUGUUCCAUACCAUCGUUCGUGGCGGACUUUGUGCAGGUGGUUUCCUGGCAAGACGAAGAGGGUCAGCUCUAUGGCACGCUCGACGAUCAGCAGCAGGGCAACAUGGACGGCAAAUAUCUGGUGCUGCCCUCCGGUGAGCUACACAUUCGUGAAGUUGGACCCGAAGAUGGAUACAAGAGCUAUCAGUGCCGCACCAAGCAUCGUUUGACCGGAGAGACGCGUCUCAGUGCCACCAAAGGACGUUUGGUUAUUACAGAGCCCGUUGGCAGCGUUAGUCCACAGCUCAGUGGCAAUGGCAAUCAGGAACACAUCACACUCACCCGAGUUCCGCUAAAUCAAAGCGUUUCCCUCAUGUGCCCGGCGCAGGCCUAUCCUGUGCCCUACUUUAGAUGGUAUAAAUUCAUUGAGGGCACCACACGUAAGCAGGCCGUUGUGCUGAACGAUCGCGUGAAGCAGGUUUCGGGCACACUCAUCAUCAAGGACGCCGUUGUCGAGGACUCGGGCAAAUAUCUGUGCGUCGUCAACAAUUCCGUGGGCGGUGAGAGCGUCGAGACGGUGCUCACUGUCACUGCACCACUGUCAGCCAAAAUCGAUCCACCCACUCAGACCAUCGACUUCGGACGUCCCGCUGUGUUCACCUGCCAGUACACCGGCAAUCCAAUCAAGACUGUCAGCUGGAUGAAGGACGGCAAGGCCAUAGGACACAGUGACCCCGUGCUGAGGAUCGAAUCCGUUAAGAAGGAGGACAAGGGCAUGUAUCAGUGUUUCGUGCGCAACGAUCAGGAAUCCGCCGAGGCCAGCGCAGAGCUCAAGCUUGGUGGCCGUUUCGAUCCACCCGUCAUCCGUCAGGCCUUCCAGGAGGAGACCAUGGAGCCCGGACCAAGUGUAUUCCUCAAGUGUGUGGCUGGCGGCAAUCCCACGCCCGAAAUCUCCUGGGAACUGGAUGGCAAGAAGAUCGCCAACAACGACAGAUACCAAGUGGGCCAAUAUGUGACUGUGAACGGCGAUGUUGUCUCCUAUUUGAAUAUUACCUCCGUGCAUGCCAACGACGGUGGCCUCUACAAGUGCAUAGCUAAAUCGAAAGUGGGCGUGGCAGAGCAUUCGGCCAAACUCAAUGUCUACGGCCUGCCCUACAUCCGUCAAAUGGAGAAGAAGGCAAUUGUCGCUGGCGAAACUCUAAUGGUCACGUGCCCUGUUGCUGGCUAUCCCAUUGAUUCCAUUGUCUGGGAGCGAGAUAAUCGUCCACUGCCCAUCAAUCGCAAGCAGAAGGUCUUCCCCAACGGCACACUUAUCAUUGAGAAUGUGGAACGCAAUUCGGAUCAGGCAACUUACACGUGCGUGGCUAAGAACCAGGAGGGCUACUCGGCGCGCGGUUCACUGGAAGUGCAAGUUAUGGUACUGCCGCAGAUAGUGCCGUUCGCGUACGAGGACGUCAUCAAUACGGGCGACUCCAUUGACCUCUUCUGCCAGAUUCAGAAGGGCGAUCGUCCCAUACGCGUGCACUGGAGCUUCGAGCGCAGUGGCAGCGACAGUGGGACGAGCGAGCCACAAAUGCGCACGAAUCGCAUCAGCAGCAAGACGAGCAUGCUGUCCAUACCGAGUGCUAGUCCGGCCCACACGGGCACCUACACCUGCAUCGCCAGCAAUGCGGCGGGCACGACCAGCUACGGCGUCAAUCUGACUGUUAACGUGCCACCCAGAUGGAUACUCGAGCCCACAGACAAAGCCUUCGCCCAGGGCUCCGAUGCCAAGGUUGAAUGCAAAGCUGACGGUUUCCCCAAGCCCCAGGUGACAUGGAAGAAAGCAGUUGGCGACACACCCGGCGAGUACAAGGAUCUGAAGAAGAGCGACAACAUCCGCGUGGAGGAGGGCACUCUGCACAUUGACAACAUACAGAAGACCAACGAGGGCUACUAUCUGUGCGAGGCCAUCAAUGGCAUCGGAUCGGGUCUGUCGGCUGUGAUCAUGGUCAGUGUGCAGGCGCCACCAGAGUUCACCGAGAAGCUGCGCAAUCAGACGGCACGCCGCGGCGAACCAGCUGUGCUGCAGUGCGAGGCGAAGGGCGAGAAACCCAUUGGCAUCUUGUGGAACAUGAACAACAUGCGACUGGACCCCAAGAACGACAAUCGCUACACCAUUCGCGAGGAAAUACUAUCGGCUGGCGUGAUGUCAAGUCUCUCGAUCAAGCGCACCGAACGCUCCGACUCGGCUCUGUUCACCUGCGUGGCCACCAAUGCCUUUGGCUCCGACGAUGCCAGCAUCAAUAUGAUUGUGCAGGAGGUGCCCGAGAUGCCGUACGCCCUGAAGGUGCUGGACAAGUCCGGUCGCUCAGUGCAGCUGAGCUGGGCCCAACCCUACGACGGCAACUCCCCACUGAUUCGCUACAUCAUUGAGUUCAAGCGCUCGCGCGCCUCCUGGGAUGAGAUCGAUCGCGUGAUGGUGCCCGGCCACACCACCGAGGCCCAAGUACAGAAACUGAGUCCCGCCACCACCUACAACAUUCGCAUCGUUGCCGAGAAUGAGAUUGGCUCCUCGCAGUCAUCGGAAGCCGUCACCAUCAUCACCGCCGAAGAGGCACCGUCGGGCAAGCCACAGAACAUCAAGGUCGAUCCCGUCAACCAGACCACCCUGCGCGUCAUGUGGAAGCCACCACCACGCUCCGACUGGAACGGCGAGAUUCUGGGCUACUAUGUCGGCUACAAGCUAUCCAACACCAACUCGUCCUACAUCUUCGAGACGAUCAACUUCAUCACCGAGGAGGGCAAGGAGCACAGCCUGGAGCUGAACAAUCUGCGCGUCUACACUCAGUACUCGGUGGUGAUUCAGGCCUUCAAUAAGAUCGGCGCCGGCCCAUUGAGCGACGAGGAGAAACAAUUCACUGCCGAAGGCACACCCAGCCAGCCACCCAGCGACACUGCCUGCACCACUCUGACCUCCCAGACCAUUCGCGUCAGCUGGGUCAGCCCCCCACUCGAGUCGGCCAAUGGCGUGAUCAAGACCUACAAGGUGGUCUAUGCCCCCAGCGACGAGUGGUACGAUGAGACCAAGCGCCAUUACAAGAAGACUGCCUCCUCCGACACUGUGCUCCAUGGCCUGAAGAAGUACACCAACUACACCAUGCAAGUCCUGGCCACCACAGCCGGAGGCGAUGGAGUUCGCAGCGUGCCCAUUCACUGCCAGACCGAACCUGAUGUUCCCGAAGCACCCACCGAUGUCAAGGCCCUGGUUAUGGGCAACGCCGCCAUUUUGGUCUCGUGGCGCCCGCCAGCACAGCCCAACGGCAUCAUCACCCAGUACACUGUCUACUCGAAGGCCGAAGGCGCUGAGACUGAAACCAAGACCCAGAAGGUGCCACACUACCAGAUGAGCUUCGAGGCCACCGAGCUGGAAAAGAACAAGCCCUACGAGUUCUGGGUGACUGCCAGCACCACCAUUGGCGAGGGCCAGCAGUCCAAGAGCAUUGUGGCCAUGCCCAGCGACCAGGUGCCGGCCAAGAUAGCCUCGUUCGACGACACAUUCACUGCCACCUACAAGGAGGAUGCCAAGAUGCCCUGCCAAGCCGUUGGCGCCCCCCAGCCCGAGAUCACCUGGAAGAUCAAGGGCGUCGACUUCAGUGCCAACGACCGCAUGCGCCUGCUGCCCGAUGGCUCGCUCUUGAUCAAGUCUGUGAAUCGCCAGGAUGCCGGCGACUACACAUGCCAUGCCGAGAACUCCAUUGCCAAGGACUCGAUUACCCACAAGCUCAUCGUUCUGGCACCACCCCAGUCGCCACAGGUCACCCUCUCGGCCACCACCACCGACACUUUGACCGUUCGCUUGAAGCCACAUGAGGGCGACACGGCACCACUGCACGGCUACACCUUGCACUACAAGCCAGAAUUCGGAGAGUGGGAGACUGCUGAGGUCUCUGUCGAAUCACAGAAGUACAACAUUGAGAAUCUGCUGUGCGGCUCACGUUAUCAGGUCUAUGCCACUGGCUUCAAUAACAUUGGCGCUGGCGAAGCGUCCGACAUUCUGAACACACGCACCAAGGGCCAGAAGCCCAAACUGCCAGAGAAGCCACGUUUCAUUGAGGUCUCAUCCAAUUCCGUUUCGCUGCACUUCAAGGCCUGGAAAGAUGGCGGCUGCCCCAUGUCCCACUUUGUCGUAGAGAGCAAGAAACGUGAUCAAUUGGAAUGGAAUCAAAUCUCGAACAAUGUGAAGCCCGACAACAACUACGUCGUACUCGAUCUGGAGCCCGCCACCUGGUACAAUCUGCGCAUCACCGCCCACAACUCGGCUGGCUUCACCGUUGCCGAAUACGAUUUCGCCACGCUGACUGUGACCGGAGGCACCAUCGCGCCCCUCGAUGAUGGCACGGGCCAUGGCAAUGUCCAUGCCCGCAUUCCGCUGCCCGCCUGGAUGCCCGAGUGGCUGGAUCUGAACUUCAUGGUGCCGCUGAUAGCCACCGUCGUGGUGGUUGCCGUGGGCAUCUGCGUGGUCUGCGUGGCGCUCUCGCGCCGGCGAGCGGACGAUCUGCGCGGCGGCCAGAAGGAUGUCUAUUACGAUGUAGUUUACAAUCAGACAAUGGGACCCGGCGCCACCCUGGACAAGCGCCGCCCGGACCUGCGCGACGAACUUGGCUACAUUGCCCCACCCAACCGCAAGCUGCCCCCGGUGCCCGGCUCCAACUACAACACCUGCGACCGGAUUAAGCGAGGUACAGUCAUAAGCCGCGGCUCAGGCCUGCGCUCGAACCACUCGACUUGGGAUCCGCGCCGUAACCCGAACCUAUACGAGGAGCUGAAAGCCCCGCCAGUGCCCAUGCACGGCAUUGGCAAUCACUACGGCCACGCCCACGGCACUCCCGAGUGCCACUAUAGACAUCCAGGCAUGGAAGAUGAAAUCUGCCCCUAUGCUACGUUCCAUUUGCUCGGCUUCCGUGAGGAAAUGGAUCCCACCAAGGCCAUGAACUUCCAGACCUUCCCCCAUCAGAAUGGACACACACCCGUGCCCGGACACGCCGGCACCAUGCUGCCCCCUGGCCACCCUGGACACGUACACUCCCGCUCCGGCUCUCAGUCCAUGCCACGUGCCAAUCGCUAUCAGCGCAAGAACAGCCAAGGUGGACAGUCCUCGAUCUAUACUCCCGCACCCGAAUAUGAUGAUCCCGCCAACUGUGCCGAGGAAGAUCAAUAUCGUCGUUACACUCGCGUCAACUCUCAAGGCGGCAGCUUGUACUCUGGCCCCGGACCCGAAUAUGAUGAUCCCGCCAAUUGCGCUCCCGAGGAGGAUCAGUACGGCUCUCAGUAUGGCGGCCCCUAUGGACAGCCCUACGAUCACUAUGGAUCUCGCGGCUCCAUGGGACGUCGCAGCAUUGGUUCUGCACGCAAUCCAGGCAAUGGCUCACCUGAGCCACCUCCACCACCGCCACGUAAUCACGACAUGAGCAACUCCUCGUUCAACGACUCUAAGGAGAGCAAUGAGAUCUCAGAGGCCGAAUGCGAUCGCGAUCAUGGACCACGCGGCAACUAUGGCGAAGACGCCAAUGAUGCUGUAAAAAGAUCUCCACAACCGAAAGAUCAACGCACCACCGAAGAAAUGCGUAAAUUAAUCGAGAGUCGCAGGCAGUUAAACGAAGCCGGCCCAAAACAACUCCAACUCCAACAAGCAAAUGGCGCAGGAUUCACAGCCUACGAUACUAUGGCAGUGUAAUUUGUAAGCUACUCCCAGUGGGCGUGGCAGUUUAGCUUAGUGUUUCAAGUCAAUGAAGUGCGUGGAAGUUGAAUGACACAAACACACCAACACACAUACAUAUGCGUGCGUGUGUUGCAAGUCUUAUUUGAGUAAAACGAAAAACAUCACAGAGGAAGUAAGCAAAGCGCAUAAGGCGCACACAUACACACAAUAUACACACACACAAA